UUUUAAACCCUCGAUCCUAGAUAUUUUGACGUCCCAACACAAUCAUAAUGGAAUAAUAAAUCUGCAAAAAUAAUGGAAUUUACUUUACAUAACCUCACCUAAUACAACAAUAUGCCAUCAUUUCCCCAAGUGCGGGUCUACCUAGUAGUAGCCUAGUGGCCUACAAUGUGUAAAUAUGGUAUCGCUACAGCCAUAUAUGUCGGCACUUUUGACUUUGAUCAUAUAUAUAAUAUAUAUUUUUUAGGGUGAUAUCAAAUCUUCACUUGUCCCGGGAAGGGGUGGGGAUUAAAGAAGCAGAAUGAAUUAACAUCCAGGCCAUUUAAUUUCCCCCCGCCUUGUAAAAAUCGAUCGUGUCACAGUUCAAUGAAGCGAAACAGUUCCGCAUAAUACAGGUAACGAACGGAAGGACCAGGUGAAAGUAAAACCAGGGACACACACGACAGCAACAUGGCAGUGCAGGGACGGAGGGACAGGCGCGUGGGGUCCCGGGAGGAAGUGGCCAUGGAGGAGAGGCGGGAUGAUUUGAUCAGGAGGUUUCGACCCAUGUUUGAUAAGCAUGGCAGACAAGGGGUACCUCUGCGGGAUUUGCGUGAGGAGUUGGAAGAAGAGGGAUUAACAGAAAGUAUCGCCCCCGAGCGAUUGGAUGAACUUCUCCGACGGGCUGAUAGAGACGGUGACAAAAGAAUUCGACUGGGAGAAUUUGUCAGAAUGAUGACUGGAGAUAAUAUUAGGGAACAUGAAAAGAGAAAGCUUAAAGGGUUGUUGGGGGCAGCCAUUGCUAACAUUGUUCCCCAGAGCCAGAGGGAGGAUUUUAUGGCUAACUACAACUGUAAACCGCCACCUAUAUUCAUGAUCAUCAUCAGUAUCAUAGAGAUAAUAAUAUUCAUUGUGUAUGCUGAGGAGCAGAAGUCUCGUGGCACAGCUACCACCGCCACCUCCGGAGUCCCUUUGUAUAGUCCAUUGUUAUAUAAACCGACCAGACGAUAUGAGGCGUGGAGAUUUGUCACGUACAUGUUUCUACACCAAGGAUAUAUCCAUCUUAUUUCCAAUUUAAUCUUCCAACUGUUGCUGGGUCUGCCUUUGGAGCUAGUUCACAAAUUCUGGAGAGUUCUACUCAUUUAUGUCCUGGGAGUCAUAGCAGGUUCUCUUGCCCAUUCUGUGACAGAUCAUGCUGUGUCUCUAUGUGGAGCCAGUGGUGGAUGCUAUGCUUUGAUUGGUGCUCACAUCGCUUCUAUUAUCACAAACUGGAAAGAGAUGAAUUACAAGUGCUGCGAUGGAUCAAUUCUACGUUUUCUCCUCAGUGCCCCUGUUAGAUUAACAAUAUUUCUUGUUUUAUCUAUUGGUGAUACUAGUGUCGCUGUUUAUAGAAGAUUCUUUGAAGAAGGUGCUGCUAAGAUUGGAAUUUCAGCUCACAUUGGUGGCAUGAUGGCAGGCUUAUUAGUUGGUAUCCCCCUGCUGAAGAAUGUGAACAUCUUGCCUUGGGAGAGAAAGCUGGGAUGGGUCUCCCUCAUCAUAUACCUCCUCUUUGUAGCAUUUGCCAUGUUUUUUAAUGGACUCUAUAAAGGCUACCCAGAGACAGACUGGUCAUCUUGCUGUCCAGUCUAAGAAAUGGAGUGGUGGAUCCCAAGUUUUUCUGAAACUUCUGACAUACCUCUGUAAUCCGUAUAAAUUUAUAAUGGUAUUGACAAUCUGCUGUAAAGACAUACUUUUAGUAUUUUGUACUUUGAAAUUUACUAAAUAUCUAAAGAUUUAUAGAAAACUUGAGAAAUUAGUGCCUUAAUUUCAACAUUUUUAAAAUUAUUAAACAUGCAUCUUAUAUAUAUAUACAUGUACAUAUAUAUAUAUAUAUUCAUAUUAUAUAUAUAUAUAGGUAAACAAUUAAAUAAAAUAUGACAACACAUUGUAAAUCGUAAACGUUUACAAGCACACACAGGUGUGUAUAUUAAAAAUAUCACAAAGCUGAUUAAGUAUACCCUACUAGUUUCUUUACUCUUUGAGGAGUAUAAUUUAUAUGUAUAAUACUCCUGUAUAGGUAAAUAAGUUGGAUAUACCCCAUUGGCUCUUUGUGAUAUUUUUAUUAUACUACUACUUGUGUAGAUUUCUGUGGGAAAAAAAUGUCAUCUGAUACUAUUUUCACAACAAAUAAAUCUCUGCUCGGUCAAGAUUAUGUAAAUUGAACUUAAAGUAAAGCGAUUGAUUUCAUCGAGAACAAUUACAAAAGGGCAAGAUAUUUUCCCCUAACUAAUGUGACAAUGGGGAGAGUUAUCUCUACUUUGUCAGCUUAACAUUAUUGGAUUUUUUGAGCAAAAUUCAUUAAGGUCAGUAUUUUAAGUCUUUACACUGGCAGUCUCAUUGAUUGCUACUGAUUAUUGCAUGUAUCCUGCUUAAGAAAACCUUUCCAAAUUUCCACUAUCAAAGCUUUACCAUUUUUAUAUACACCGUUGGGCUUUAUUUUGAACACUUUUAACGGAGAUAUAUUUUUUAACAGACAGGCAUCCUGUGUGAUCCCCCCCCCCCCCCUUUUUUUUUAUCAUGUCCUUUUUUAAUCACACAUUUUCUCUUUCAUUCAAGCUCAGUGUGCUUGGAUAGUUUUGAAUGUUCGACUUUACUUUGUGUGCAAUACUGACAAGUUUUGGAAAAUAUUUUAUACCCAAAGCAUAAUCAGUCUUGCCAGGAUUUGCCAUUAGCAGAGAUUCUGCUGAAAUUUUAAGAAUGAGGAUCUGUUGUUUAAUAGUUUGAAUACUCACAGUUGUGUCUUAUUUGUUAAAAUAAUUCUUUCGUAUUUUAUUUUGUUCAUAUGAAAUCACGUGGCAGAAUCUUACCUCAAUAGAUAUAUGACAAUGUUUUGGACUUUGCUCAAGGUCGUAUUGAAUAUAUUGUUAAUUAAAUUUUAUUAAAAGUAUCUGUGACAUAGAUUCUAUAUUUUAUGUUCCUGCACCUAUUUAAUAUAUUUUUUACUUGCAUGAAAUGAAAUAUGUUGCAUAUAAUAUUAAUAAAUUGUAAUUUUUUUCAAACUA